AUGGCACAACAACAAAGUAAGAAACCAGAAAAAGUUGACAAUAGAACUGAAGAACAAAAGAAGAAAGAUGAAGAAGAAGAGAUCCGCAGGAAAGCUGAAGAAGAAGAGAGAAAGAAGAAAGAAGCAGAAGAGAAGCAAAGAAUCAUCGAAGAAAAGAAAGCUCAAGCAGCUGCUGAAGGAAAAGUAUUUGGUCUGAAGAAGUCGAAUCCGAUGGAACAGUUGGCACACUCGUAUCCAUGGGUGGAGGAAUCAUCGGAAUCUACAUACUGA